AUGAUAUUUCUGGCGUUUCUAUUUGUUUGUCUAGCUUUUGUUGCGGCCAUAGACCCGUACUCCGUUUUGGGAAUAUCCAAAGAUGCCGAUGAAAAAACAAUUAAGACAGCCUACAGGCAGUUGUCGAAGCAGUACCAUCCAGACAAAAACCUGUCGCCUGAGGCCCACGAUAAAUUUAUCGAGAUAGGAGAAGCAUAUGACAUACUCAACGAUCCACAGAAAAAACAAAACUAUGAUCAAUUUGGGGAUGCGAACGGCGGUGGAGGCUUUGGAGGUGGAGGCGCUGGAUUCGAUUUUGGUGACAUGUUCAACCAAUUCUUCCAAGGUCAGGGUGGAUUCGGUGGUGGCCAUGGCCAUCAAAGACGUGUCCAAAAGGGUCCCGACACUCAAGUGAACGUGGAAAUGACCUUGAAGGACGCUUUCCUAGGCAAAGAUUUGGAGUUUGACGUCGAGAUGAACAACAUUUGCAGCAAGUGCAAGGGUAGUAGAUCUGCAGACGGCAAGAAACAUACAUGUACUAAAUGUGAUGGGCGUGGUGUUGUCAUGAUGAGAAGACAAAUGGGUCCAAUAAUCCAGCAGUUCCAGUCCCAAUGUGAUCAGUGUGGUGGUAAAGGGCAGACGAUAGCCAAGCCCUGUAAGAAAUGUGAUGGCCAAGGUACGGAGCGUGUUUCGAGACACUACAAUGUUUAUGUGAGUCCUGGUACGCCGCGUAACCAUCGUCAUGUUUUGGAGGGCGAGGGUGAUCAGAAUCCUGACUUCGUGGCUGGAAACAUGAACCUUCAAUUCAGAGAUGCUUCUGCGGAAAACUGGGGAUUCCGUAGAAUUAAGAACCAUCUCUACAGAACAGAGCUCCUCACAAGCAAAGAAGCUAUCGCAGGUGACUGGAGCCGAAACAUUGCAUUCUUUGACGGAGAAUCCGUGACAGUGAAGAGAGGAAAGAAUGUGCCCGUGAUAGACGGAGAGGUUGAAGUGAUCAAGGGGCACGGGAUGCCUCAUUUCAAUGACGAACACGAAUAUGGUGACUUGUUCAUUGAAUAUAAGGUGAUACCCGUCGGAAGGUCUUCAACGAAAGAUGAGUUAUAG